AUGCUAGCCAGCCAAGUCGCCCGUAAUGUCCUCGCCAGACGCAUGACCCGCACUGCAGCUCCAUCUGUAGCUGUAGCACUAUCAUCCAUCACUGCAAGCACUUCCAACUGUAUAAACCGAGCUGCUUCGACAUCCAUCUUGCUUCCAUCCUGGCCAUCGCAUCAUCAAUCCACUGCCAACUCGGUACUCCCCACUACUCGCUUCUACUCGGCUGGCAAGGGGCCAUUGACUAUACAAGGCAUCGAAGACAGAGUCAUGCAAUUGUUGCGGGACUUUGACAAGGUCGAACAGGCAAAGUUAUCCUUGGACUCACACUUUAUCAAUGACUUGGGCCUCGACUCUCUAGACCAAGUGGAAAUCACAAUGGCCAUGGAAGACGAAUUCAAUAUCGAGAUUCCAGAUCGUGAUGCGGAGGAAAUCAUGACACCGAGACAAGCCGUCGAAAAAAUCUUUGCAAACAAGAAUGCCAUGUAA